AUCAGUGAACCUGGCACCUUGGAGUUCGUUCGUCAGAAAGGCUACAUUACAGAGCCUGUCGAAAGUAAACGUUGACGAAAUGACGGACGAGGAAAUGUUGAUGACUGUGCACAGUUACCCCGAUAACACCGAUGUACUCUGUCAUAGAAAGAUCAGGAUGGGUAAAAUCGGUGACGGCGGCUGGGAGAUCUGUGACGAUAUGGAAGUCAGGCCUAGGCAGCCCUGCAUCAUCUACUCUUUCGGCAUCAACAACGACUUCUCUUUUGAUGACGACGCGGCUAAAAUAUACGGGUGUCACGUGUAUUGUUUUGACCCCAGUAUGAAUGGUCAGGAUCAUUACAAUAGGUCAGACAAAGUACACUUCUACAAGAUCGGCCUAGACGGGAAAUCGUACACCAACAGCAAGAAUUGGAACAUGCUCACGUUUGCUGAUAUUCGGAAAAAGCUGCACCACGAAAACACGCACAUCGACCUCGUCAAAAUGGACAUCGAGAACUCUGAAUGGCCGGCCAUAAUGGACAUGACGUCAUCCGGUGCGCUAGGCGGUGUCCGGCAGUUCUUGAUCGAGUACCACAUGGACGGUACGACCCGUGGGGACCUCCAACCCCGGCUCAAAGCCGUGCAAGCUAUUGAGGCUGCCGGCUUCAGAAAGUUUUACUCACAUAAAAACGAGUUUAAUAAGUAUACGGUCCCAGGGUUUCCUGUGAUUAGGACCACGUGCUAUGAAUUACAUUAUCUGCGCAAGUAAUUAAAUAGUUAGUUAG